CUCGCAGGGGAAGAGGCAGCACCACAGCAGACCCAGUCCGCAGCUUUUGGACGGCAAAACCCCAAAUCCCAACCUAAGCUCAGCACUUGGACGGCGCACGGCGGUUCAGGCGCUUAGCACUUGGACAGUUGGACGGCGCGCGGCGGUUUUCCGGUUUGGACCGCUUCACUGCUUAGUUUCUGGCUUUCUGCAAUUCUGCUCUUCGGUGGUAAACUAGGACUCUGGAGCUGCGGCCUGCGGAACUACCUAACGGCACUUGAAAUCAAAGCAAAUGCUGUAUAUAAUAGGAUUGGGCUUAGGGGAUGAGAAAGACAUCACGUUGAAAGGACUUGAAGCAGUGAAGAAAUGCAACAAAAUUUACAUGGAAGCCUACACUUCUCUUCUCUCUUUUGGCCUCUCUUCCAAUGGCCUUUCUGCUCUGGAAAACAUAUAUGGGAAACCAAUUACCCUCGCUGACCGAGAAGUUGUUGAGGAGAAGGUUGAUGUCAUACUCUUCGAAGCCCAGACCACUGAUAUUGGUUUCCUUGUAGUUGGAGACCCUUUUGGAGCAACUACCCAUAGUGAUCUUGUUGUAAGAGCAAAAAAGUUGGGGGUGGAUGUAAAGGUUGUGCAUAAUGCAUCAGUAAUGAACGCUGUUGGGGUUUGUGGUUUACAACUGUAUCGAUAUGGUGAGACAAUCUCCAUUCCCUUUUUCACAGAAACUUGGAGGCCUGACAGUUUCUAUGAGAAAAUUCGUGAAAAUCGAAGGCUUGGGUUGCACACUCUCUGCUUACUGGAUAUACGAGUGAAGGAACCUUCAUUGGAAUCUCUGGCUAGGGGUAAAAAGAUAUAUGAGCCACCAAGGUAUAUGACAGUAAACACUGCCAUUGAACAGCUCAUAGAAGUGGAAGAGUCCCGCAGGGAAUCAGCAUAUAAUGAAGACACUGCUUGUGUUGGGUUCGCCCGUCUGGGCAGUGAAGAUCAGAAGGUUGUUGCAGGUUCUAUGAAGCGAUUGUUAACCUACGAUUUCGGGCCUCCUCUACAUUGUCUUGUCAUAGUUGGUACUACUCACCCAGUCGAAGAAGAAAUGCUAGAAUUCUAUGCCUGUUGAGAGCUUAGUUACAUGUCCAUGAACAUGGAACCUAUCUUUGACGGGUUUUUGAUUUGUUGCAUCACAUGUACCCUUGUAUUUUUCAUCUCUCUUGGGGGUUCAUAAUUAUUGAAGGUUCACCAAAAAUCUUAGAAAUCAUUAUGAUCUUGUAAUCCUCAACUUUUAUUUUUGUGAUUCCUUUUUUGCACACCGGUUGAGUUAUACUUUGCUUCAAAAUCUAAUAACAUUUCAUUUCAUAAUACAUUAUGUGCAAUAGAGUGUUUCAGUGUUUUUGCAGCAGCUGUGCAUAUAAUAAUGAUCUGGUUACUGCCUUA